UCCCCAAUCCAUUACCCAAACUCACUAUGAACAAUUACUAGGCCUCUUCUCAACGAUUACAUCUCCACGCUCACACCUACUUAUUCACUGUCGAGAACCAGGCAGUAGAGCUAUAAGACAACAACAUGGCCUCCCCACCCCCCGUCCCACAUCUCAACAUCCCCCGAAAACGCUCCAGCAUAUCCUCAAUCUCCUCGGCCAAUCCAAACAAAAAGCGCAAACCCUCGAACCUGCGAAACGCCUUCUCCCCCGAUGCUGAAAGCGUCGGUUCGCCGCGGUUCUCUCGCUCCCCAUCUCUGGACAGCGUGGCUACCACAUCGGUCGUAAAUGGAGCUGGAGGUAAGAAACGAAGGAAGAAGGGUGAUGCUGAUGGCGCAAGCGUCGCGGGCUCGAGUGUCAGAGGGGGAAAGGGUGCGGAUGGACGGAGUGCUGUGGGAGGGGACGGAGACGGUGGGCAGGACUACGAGGAAGAGGAAGACGACGAUGACAUGGGCGAGGAGAUGGACAUGGCUAUGGAAGAAGGCGGCAUGACAGUCGAAGCGCGCCGCAAACAAGAGAAGGACCAUGAGCGAAUGCUCAUGGAGUACAUGACCCCCGCCCAGCAGGAACGCUACGCAACCUACCGCCGUAUCCGCCUCAAGCGCGAAACAGUCCGAAAACUUGUCAACCAGACACUCUCCCAAUCCGUGCCCCAACCCGUCAUCAUCGCCGUAACAUCCUACGCCAAAUCCUUCCUCGGCGAACUCAUCGACCGCGCGCUGACGGUGCGAGACGAAUGGCAAGCCGUCGUAACGCAUCAUCCAAACGAGAAGCUACCACCCCCAAUCCUCAUGCAGAGUCUACAAAGGCCCUCGGCGCAUAUCAAGGACGACCGCAACAAGCCCACAAACACGGAUAUCCAGUCUGCAGGCUGGUUUCUGAACCAGGUGGAUCGCAGUGAGAGUCUGUGGAGGGAGAUUGAUAAAGAUGCCGAUUUGCAGGAGAGACUCAAGCAGUCUGACAAAGGCCCAUUGACGCCGGCGCAUCUACGCGAAGCGAUACGGCGGUACAAGAGGGAUCGAGAGGGAGGUGGAGCGGGGUUUGCGGGCAUGAGUCUUGAAGGCGUGGAGAGGACCAUGGGGAGAACUGGGGGACGCAGACUCUUCCGCUAGGAUGCGUCCCGUUCCUCCGUUUUAUUUGUCCUCAACUCGAGCGUCCUUUAUCAGGACCAUGUUUCUAGCGUUCAAGCAUAAUUUCGGAUUCUUUACAUAGCGAUGGCGUUCUUUUGGAAUUGAAUCAUCUUGGGCAUGAGGCGUUCCAAUGUCUUGUAGGAGCGUCUCUUUCUACAAUAGGAUCGGAGAGUUUCUUCAGACCAGCGCGGGUUUUGAUGUACCCGUGAUAGUAAUACAAGUUCGUUGCUCC